UCACCAGACUUUCAAAAUUUCAAGGGCAGUGACAUUCAGGCAGUGUUUCGUAAUAUGCGAAUUCUUGCGAAAGUGGAAUGCCUUGCUCCUCCCAGCCUUCUCGUCUCGCCUGAUUUAUCAACAUCGCACGCUACAACGUGCCUCGGCUGUACAAAUCUGACGCCCACUGUAUAGGUGACCUGCAAGUCGUUUCUGUCCUUUUGACAUCAGCGCUGCACAGUCUGAAUGCCACGUGCAUACUGCAGCCACCCACUUAUAAUACUACAGCAGGACUUUACAGGUACUGCAUCGUUUCUGUCCUUUUGACAUCAGCGCUGCACAGUCUGAAUGCCACGUGCAUACUGCAGCCACCCCACUUAUAAUACUACAGCAGGACUUUACAGCUUUGACCCAUCCCUCGGUUAUAUGGUCCGCUGUCAACGUGCCACCUUCGAGUCUUUAUACUCAUCACAAUCAGACUCUAAUUCAGACCUUUCUUCAGCGUCAUCGCGUGAAACCUCUCCGACUCCUCCAGUAGAGAAACCUGCUCCCGAUACCGAUACCGAUACUGAGCCCUUGGAAGGGAGAAAACGCAAGCGCAAGUCGUCAGGCAAUGAUAACGACAACAAGACGAAGUGCUCAAAACUUCCACGAUUGCAAAAAGCAGACAAUGAGGAGCCAAGCUACCCAGAACUCACUAAGGACCCGGGAGAGAUACACAUCAGUGGAGUGCAACAAGUCGUCAUUACUGCCAUUCACGCAACUGAUCUCACUCUUGGUCUCCGACGAAUCCCUGCUGGCUUUCAUACGGUGGUCAAGGCCGACGGUAUUGAAUACCAGACAAGUAAUAAGUCUGUACAUGUAGACCAAGCCGUUCUCGAAUGGCAAGAGCGCAUUCUUUUGUAAGUUGUCCUUUUACCUGUCUGUCCUGUAGGUACCGAGAAAGACUCUAGGCCAUGCGAG